AGUCCUGCAGACACCGUGUGACAGGAGCUCUGCUGCCUUGGAGCAGGUACAGCUGCAGCUCCAGUGCUCGGUGCUGUCUGCCUCACAUUUGGAACACCCUCACUCCUUCCGGUCUUUCCUUCCAGGGGAGCAAUGACAGCAGCAUUUCUGAGCUGUUCUUGUCUUUUCUCCCAGAGCAGGCAGGGAAAGCAGACUUCGUGAUCUCCAUGCUAACUACCAGCCUGCCUGCUGCCAGUUCUGCCGACUUCUGCCAGUGAUGACAUUCAGCUUGCUCCUCCACACAGGAUACAGCACUGAUUCCUCAUUAUGUAAGGCAGUCUAGGUCAAGUGUAGGAGAGACACUGCUGGCCUGAGCAGGCUGCUGGAUUGCUCCCUCAGCUUCAUGGGGUCUGGAAGCUGGAUCCUCAUCUUUGCUACAUCUUCUUGGGCUUCUGGCCUUUCCACUGAUCAUAUGAGACAGCAAGUACCUGAAUGCUGUUAAUGGGGUCAGGCAAUCCACUAAUUUGAGUAUGGCAAUGUCUUUGGGUUUGUUAGUUCUGCAAAUUUUGCAUCAUUCCAGGUAUUUUCCUAUGCAGAAGAAUAAAUGGUAAUUAAAAUGUGCAGGAUGAAAAGAUGGAGCAGUCAGUGCUUGUACCACCAGGACCAGACAGCUUCCAAUACUUCACUAGAGAGUCUCUUGCAGCUAUUGAACAACGCAUUGCUGCAGAAAAAGCCAAGAACCCUAAACAAGAUCGCAAAGACGAUGAUGAAAAUGGGCCAAAACCAAACAGUGACUUGGAGGCAGGAAAAACACUCCCCUUUAUAUAUGGUGACAUACCUCCAGGAAUGGUGUCUGAGCCCUUGGAAGACAUGGAUCCAUAUUACAUCAAUAAAAAAACCUUUAUAGUAUUGAAUAAAGGGAAGGCAAUAUUCCGAUUCAGUGCCACCUCUGCCCUGUACAUUUUAACACCCUUCAACCCCCUUAGAAAAAUAGCUAUUAAAAUUUUGGUACAUUCAUUAUUCAGCAUGCUAAUCAUGUGCACUAUUUUGACCAACUGUGUAUUUAUGACCAUGAGUAACCCUCCAGACUGGACAAAGAAUGUAGAGUACACUUUCACUGGCAUUUACACAUUUGAGUCACUAAUAAAAAUCAUUGCAAGGGGCUUUUGCUUAGAAGAUUUUACUUUUCUUCGAGAUCCAUGGAACUGGCUUGAUUUCACCGUCAUUACCUUUGCAUAUGUGACAGAGUUUGUGGACCUGGGCAAUGUCUCAGCGUUGAGAACAUUCAGAGUUCUCCGAGCUUUGAAAACAAUAUCAGUCAUUCCAGGCCUGAAGACUAUUGUAGGAGCCCUGAUUCAGUCUGUGAAGAAGCUCUCAGAUGUGAUGAUCCUGACUGUGUUUUGUCUGAGUGUAUUUGCACUGAUAGGGCUGCAGCUGUUCAUGGGCAACCUGAGGAAUAAAUGCCUGCAGUGGCCUCCAGAAAAUUUUACUUUGGAAACAAAUAUAACUUCCCAGCUAAACAGCACCAUAGGUGAAAAUGGUACAUUGGUUAAUUCAACAGUGACUCCAUUUGAUUGGAAGGGGUACAUUGAAGAUGAAAGUCAUUUUUAUUUUCUGGAAGGGCAAAGCGAUGCUCUGCUUUGUGGAAAUAGCUCUGAUGCUGGGCAGUGCCCAGAAGGAUAUACCUGUGUGAAAGCUGGUAGAAACCCCAAUUAUGGCUACACAAGUUUUGACACCUUCAGCUGGGCUUUCUUGUCACUGUUUCGGCUAAUGACUCAGGACUUCUGGGAAAACCUUUACCAAUUGACUCUUCGUGCUGCUGGGAAGACAUACAUGAUAUUUUUUGUUCUGGUGAUUUUCCUGGGCUCUUUCUAUCUGAUAAACCUGAUCCUGGCUGUGGUUGCCAUGGCCUAUGAAGAACAGAACCAAGCAACCCUGGAAGAAGCAGAGCAGAAAGAGGCAGAAUUUCAACAGAUGCUGGAACAACUGAAGAAGCAACAAGAAGCAGCACAGGCGGCAGCAGUGGCAGCAGCAGCAGUAACAGCAUCUGCAGAAUCCAGGGAGCCCAGUGCUGCAGGAGAAGCAGGAGGGCUCUCAGAAAGUUCCUCAGAUGCAUCAAAAUUGAGCUCAAAGAGCGCAAAAGAGAGGAGAAAUAGAAGGAAAAAAAGGAAACAGAAAGAACAGUCUGGAGGAGAGGAAAAAGAUGAAGAUGAAUUUCACAAGUCUGAAUCAGAAGACAGCAUCAGAAGGAAAGGGUUCCGAUUGUCUAUUGAAGGCAAUAGACUGACAUACGAAAAGAAGUAUUCUUCUCCACAUCAGUCUUUGCUGAGCAUUCGUGGCUCCCUGUUUUCCCCAAGACGCAACAGCAGAACGAGUCUUUUCAGCUUCAGAGGUCGAGCAAAGGAUGUAGGGUCAGAAAAUGACUUUGCUGAUGACGAGCACAGCACUUUUGAAGACAACGACAGCAGAAGAGAUUCGCUCUUUGUGCCGCGCAGGCACGGAGAGCGGCGCAACAGUAACAUCAGCCAGGCCAGUAGGUCAUCCAGGAUGCUGGCAGUGUUUCCAGUGAAUGGGAAGAUGCACAGCACUGUGGAUUGCAAUGGGGUGGUUUCCCUGGUUGGUGGACCAUCUGUUCCCACAUCGCCUGUUGGACAGCUUCUGCCAGAGGUGAUAAUAGAUAAACCAGCUACUGAUGACAAUGGCACCACGACAGAACCAGAAAUGAGGAAGAGAUUAUCAGGUUCUUUUCAUGUUUCUAUGGACUUCCUGGAAGAUCCAGCUUUAAGGGAAAGAGCCAUGAGUAUUGCUAGCAUCCUCACAAACACUGUGGAAGAACUUGAAGAAUCGAGACAGAAAUGCCCACCGUGUUGGUAUAAAUUUGCAAAUAUUUUUUUGAUCUGGGACUGCAGUCCACAUUGGUUAAAAGUUAAGCAUCUUGUCAACUUAGUGGUAAUGGACCCAUUUGUUGACCUGGCUAUUACAAUUUGCAUUGUUUUAAAUACACUCUUUAUGGCUAUGGAACAUUAUCCAAUGACCGACGAAUUCAAUAAUGUACUUUCAGUUGGAAAUCUGGUCUUCACGGGAAUCUUCACAGCAGAAAUGUUUCUCAAGAUAAUUGCAAUGGAUCCUUACUAUUAUUUCCAGGAAGGCUGGAAUAUUUUUGAUGGCUUUAUUGUAACCCUUAGCUUGGUUGAACUUGGUCUUGCAGAUGUGGAAGGACUAUCUGUUCUUCGAUCAUUCAGAUUGUUACGAGUUUUCAAAUUGGCAAAAUCCUGGCCAACACUAAAUAUGUUGAUAAAAAUCAUUGGUAAUUCCGUGGGAGCUCUGGGGAAUCUGACCCUGGUGCUGGCCAUCAUUGUGUUCAUUUUUGCUGUGGUUGGGAUGCAGCUCUUUGGGAAAAACUACAAGGAAUGUGUCUGCAAAAUUGCAAGUGACUGUGUGCUCCCUCGCUGGCACAUGCAAGAUUUCUUCCACUCUUUCCUGAUUGUAUUCCGAGUGCUCUGUGGAGAAUGGAUAGAAACCAUGUGGGACUGCAUGGAGGUUGCAGGCCAAGCCAUGUGCCUUACAGUCUUCAUGAUGGUCAUGGUGAUUGGAAACCUAGUGGUACUGAACCUAUUUUUGGCCUUGCUCUUGAGCUCAUUUAGUGCAGACAACCUUGCUGUGACAGACGACGAUAAUGAAAUGAACAAUCUCCAGAUUGCUGUGGCAAGAAUGCAGAAAGGCAUAGAUUAUGUGAAGAGAAAAGCACGUGAAUUCAUCCAAAAAGCUUUUGUUAAAAAACAGAAAGCUUUAGAUGAGAUCAAGCCACUUGAAGAUUUAAACAACAAAAAUAGCUGUAUUUCUAACCAUACAACUGUGGAACUAAGCAAGGACCAUGACUAUAUUAAAGAUCCAAAUGGAACCACCAGUGGUAUAGGCACAGGCAGCAGUGUGGAAAAAUACAUAAUUGAUGAGAGUGAUUACAUGUCAUUCAUAAACAACCCAAGCCUCACUGUGACAGUGCCCAUUGCUGUGGGUGAAUCUGACUUUGAAAAUUUAAACACAGAAGAAUUUAGUAGUGAAUCAGACCUGGAAGAAAGCAAAGAGAAGUUAAAUUCAUCUAGCUCAUCUGAAGGCAGCACAGUUGAUAUUGGACUUCCUGCAGAAGAACAACCAGAAGCUGAACCUGAAGAAGCCCAGGAGCCAGAGGCCUGCUUCACAGAAGGCUGUGUAAGAAGGUUCAAGUGCUGUCAAGUAAGUAUAGAAGAAGGGAGAGGAAAGCAGUGGUGGAACCUUAGAAAAACCUGCUUCAGGAUUGUUGAACACAACUGGUUUGAGACUUUCAUUGUCUUUAUGAUUCUUCUCAGUAGUGGAGCUCUGGCUUUUGAAGACAUAUAUAUUGAACAACGUAAAACUAUCAAGACUAUGCUGGAAUAUGCUGACAAGGUCUUCACUUACAUCUUCAUUCUGGAAAUGCUGCUGAAGUGGGUGGCCUAUGGCUACCAAACAUAUUUUACUAAUGCCUGGUGCUGGCUGGACUUCCUGAUUGUCGAUGUCUCUUUGGUUAGCUUAACAGCAAAUGCAUUGGGUUACUCUGAACUUGGUGCCAUUAAGUCCCUUAGGACACUAAGAGCUUUAAGACCUCUAAGAGCUUUGUCACGAUUUGAAGGCAUGAGGGUCUCUUUGGUUCUUUCCCUGCCUGACUUUGCAUACUCUCACCAGUUCAUAGCUGAUCAGCAAGCACAUGCAGCAUGCUUCUUCCCAGGGUACCCUUCCAAGCUAUUUAAUGACAAGAUAUGCAGUUUUGAGGUGGUUGUGAAUGCCCUUUUAGGAGCAAUUCCAUCCAUCAUGAACGUGCUUCUCGUUUGUCUUAUAUUCUGGCUAAUUUUCAGCAUCAUGGGAGUAAAUCUGUUUGCUGGGAAGUUCUACUACUGUGUUAACACCACAACUGAUGAAAGGUUUGAAGUCGACCAAAUCAACAAUUUUAGUCAGUGCGAGGAACUCAUAAAAAACAAUCAAAGUGCCCGAUGGAAAAACGUGAAAGUAAACUUUGAUAAUGUAGGAUUUGGGUAUCUUUCUUUACUUCAAGUAGCUACAUUUAAAGGCUGGAUGGAUAUUAUGUAUGCAGCUAUUGACUCAAGAGAUGUGUUAGAACAACCCAAGUAUGAAGACAACUUGUAUAUGUAUUUGUAUUUUGUCAUCUUUAUAAUUUUCGGGUCUUUUUUCACCCUGAAUUUGUUCAUUGGUGUCAUUAUUGACAACUUCAAUCAGCAAAAAAAGAAGUUUGGAGGUCAAGACAUAUUUAUGACAGAAGAGCAGAAGAAAUACUACAAUGCAAUGAAAAAGCUGGGAUCCAAAAAACCACAAAAACCUAUACCAAGACCAGGGAAUAAAUUCCAAGGAAUGGUUUUUGAUUUUGUGACACAGCAAGUAUUUGACAUCAGCAUCAUGAUUCUUAUUUGUCUUAAUAUGGUUACCAUGAUGGUAGAAACUGAUGACCAGAGCGAAGAAAUGGAAAAUAUUUUAUACUGGAUAAACCUUGUGUUCAUUGUCCUUUUCACUGGAGAAUGUGUUCUGAAAUUAAUUUCACUUCGCCAUUACUACUUCACUAUAGGCUGGAAUAUUUUUGAUUUUGUGGUUGUCAUUCUCUCUAUAGUAGGAAUGUUUUUGGCUGAGAUGAUCGAGAAGUACUUUGUAUCUCCCACACUAUUCAGAGUCAUCCGGCUUGCCAGAAUUGGUCGAAUCCUGCGCCUCAUUAAAGGCGCUAAGGGAAUCCGCACUCUGCUCUUCGCUUUGAUGAUGUCUCUUCCUGCUCUGUUCAACAUUGGGCUGCUGCUCUUCCUGGUCAUGUUCAUCUAUGCGAUAUUUGGCAUGUCCAACUUUGCCUAUGUCAAGAGGGAAGCUGGGAUUGAUGACAUGUUCAACUUUGAAACGUUUGGCAACAGCAUGAUCUGCCUGUUUCAGAUCACCACCUCCGCUGGCUGGGACGGUUUGCUCGCCCCAAUUCUCAACAGUGGGGAGCCAGACUGUGACCCUAACAAGGCUCAUCCAGGGAGCUCUGUGAAAGGUGACUGUGGCAACCCUUCUGUUGGGAUUUUCUUCUUUGUCAGCUACAUUAUCAUAUCCUUCCUGGUAGUGGUGAACAUGUACAUUGCUGUGAUUUUGGAGAACUUUGGUGUUGCUACUGAAGAAAGUGCUGAACCUUUGAGCGAGGAUGACUUUGAGAUGUUCUAUGAAGUCUGGGAGAAGUUUGAUCCUGAUGCAACACAAUUCAUGGAAUUUGAGAAAUUGUCUGAUUUUGCAGCAGCACUUGAGCCUCCGCUUCAUCUACCCAAACCAAACAAAGUCCAGCUGAUUGCAAUGGAUCUGCCCAUGGUGAGCGGUGACAGAAUUCACUGCCUUGACAUCUUGUUUGCUUUCACAAAGCGUGUUUUGGGGGAAAGUGGGGAGAUGGAUGCCCUCAGAAUACAGAUGGAAGAUCGGUUUAUGGCAUCAAAUCCUUCUAAAGCUUCCUAUGAACCAAUUACAACCACAUUGAAACGAAAGCAGGAGGAAGUGUCUGCUGUUAUUAUUCAGCGUGCUUACAGACGUCACCUUUUAAAACGAACAGUAAAACAAGCUUCCUUUAUCUAUAACAAAAAUAAAACUGAAGGUGGGGCUGGGCAGGGUAUGAAAGAUGAAAUCCUUAUUGACAAGUUAAAUGAAAACUCAUUUACAGAGAAAACAGAUAUAACGGCAUCAACAGCAGUUUGUCCGCCUUCUUAUGAUCGUGUAAUGAGGCCAGUCAAAGAAAAGCAUGAAAAGGAAGAUAAAGAUGGUCAGAAAUAAGAGCAAAUAGCAAGAAAAAUCAUAUAAGUGCAAAGUAGUUCAUAUUCUGUAAGGAUCAUGUGUUUGUGUCAACAGGACUCCUGAAGGAGGUCUAUGCCAAACUGACAAUUUUUACAAAUAUACUGUACAUUAAAGGUCAGUGCCUAUUAAAAGACAGUGACCCCUUGUCAGUGACUGUGACUGUGAUAAGAAGAAACAACCUUGACAGGAGGUUACUGUUCUCAUUACCAGCUGACACUGCUGAAGAGGAGAGAAAAAUGGCUACACAGACUGUAGGGACAAGUUAAAGGGGUGUGAAACCAAGUAUUUGUGUGUUUAGCAUAAAACAAUAUGGUAACUCUAUCCACUGUUUGCAUUUCAACUGCCACAUACUUCAUAUUUUUACAAAAUCUGUGUUGGUGGAUUCAUCUUAUUUUUAUUCAUAUGUUGUUUAUUAUAUGUGACUAUUUUUGUAAAUGGGGCUUCUGUUGGGGAAGGGAAUUAAGUACACCUUUACAGGUACAAGGGCCAAGUGUUCUAUUAUACAACAAAUAUACACACAGAAAUUACUUGCAUGAAGGCAUGCUGCACUUAUAGAUCAUGCAUGAAAAUAACAUUAAGACACAAAGAACAACAGAUUUUUUUAGCACAGUGUUUCUGGAAAGGAAUAACAGAUUUCGAGGUGCUUAAUUAAUGUAUUCAUGUCAUAUCAUGUUCGAACAAGUCUUAGUAUGCCUGUAAAGUCCUCUACAACUCACAAGAACAGUAAAUAUGGUUAAAUUUUGGCACAGACCAUUAAGUCUCAGAAGGUGCAAACUUCUUCCUAGGUCUGGAGUCACAGAUGUUGUCUUUGUCAAAUGUCUUUCUGCAUACAAAUACUAAAGGAAUCUGCCUCAGCCCACCAAAUUGAUCAAAAAGAGCCCUCUAUAAAGUUGUUCUGCUUUAUCCUGCAGUAUUGUUUAGCCAUCUUCAGCUCUCAGUAAGGCUGAUGUUGUACACGUUAAUGAAAAGCCCUCUGCUAUGUAAAUAAUUUUUAACCUGUGGUGCAUGUUUGAGCAAACAGAUAAUGACUUUAGCACAUUUAUUGCAUCAAAUAUGUACCACAAUAAGUGUAGUGUGCAAGCAUUCAACAGGUAAAAUUACGUAUUAUCUACCAUUAUAGAUAGUUUGGAUGCAAUCAAUGCAUGUUUAUAUUGCCUAUGCUGCUAUUCCUUUGACUGUCCAGGAUUCUUAAACAUGGGAAGCCAUACAUCAGACCUAAAUGAAAUAAACUACUCAAAAAGACCUCAUUCCUCCAUACCAUUAAGCAAUAUUUUGCAGCUAUUUAGGAGCUUAUUUGUUUUACAUUUCUGAAUUUUCAGUGAAAUACAUAUAGUGUAUAUCCAAACUGUACAGAUGUUGAAAACUACUAAACCUGUUGAAAAUAAUGUUAGGAUUUUAUAAGCAAAUAUAAAUACUGUAAAAAUCAUUUUAUUUUAUUUUUCAGCAUUAUGUACAUAAAACAAGAACUGAAUUUUAUCUUCAGGUUGAUGUCACAACAUUUUUGUUACUUUCACUCCAUAGCACUUUUUCACAGAAGAACUUCUGAGAACAAGAUAUAACUAAGUGAAUGGAUAACUGUAGGAUCUUGUUUUUUACAGUAUUUGCCAACAUAUGAAUAAUUUCUGUGAAAUAAGUUCAUAAUUUGCUUCCAAAAAGCUACAUUUUUUUGGGGUUUUUUUUGCCAUUGGGAAAUGGUCUAAAGUUCAAAUUGAAUGUCUAAGCAGUGCCUGCAUCAUAAGUUUUCGGAUACAACCUUUCUUUCAGAGAAUCCUGAAUCUUUUCUCAUGUUUACUCACAGAUUUUUUUUCCUUCAUGCUGCACUAGAACAGUUCUAAAUAUUAUCUAGGGUCCACGAUAUUUUUUCACAAAGAGAAAGUAGCAAAAUUGUAUAAUCCAAUCCAUCAGGACAUUUUAUGUUUCUUACACAGGAAAAUUAAAUAUAGAUUACUUUUAUUAAAAUUAUUGACUAAAUCUGUAUUAGUGAACUGCAUGCAGGAAAAUGCUAUUACCCUAACUGAUGCUAAAGAACAUUAUUAAUGCGUCAAAAUAAUAAAGAUUACAUUUUUUAUUGUA